AUGAAAGUUGUAGUAGGGGUAUUAGCUCUUCAGGGCGCUUUUAUAGAACAUAUUACUUAUUUCAAGAAAUCCACAGAAAGUGGGUAUGAAAAUUAUGACUUUGAGUUUGUUGAAGUACGGACGCCCAGCGAAUUGAGCAGAUGCCAUGCCUUAGUAAUUCCAGGGGGAGAAAGUACGACAAUGUCCUUGGUUGCCGAAAGUAAUGGUUUAUUAGAUCCUAUUUCGAAAUUCGUCAAUUCAGAAAAGCCAGUGUGGGGAACUUGUGCAGGGUUAAUAUUCUUGUCGAGAGAGGUAGUAAAUGGAAAACCCAACCAGAAAAUACUUGGAGGAUUAGAUAUUCAAGUCAAAAGAAAUGCUUUCGGAAGGCAAUUGGAUUCUUUUGAGAUAGAUUUGGACCUAUCAUCCUUUAUACCCAGUGUAAAAGAGUUUCCAACUGUUUUCAUAAGAGCACCUGUUAUCUCUAAGCUCUUGCAAUCACAUCAGGAGAAAGAAAACCAAGUUCGUGAUAUAAUAUAUACAGCUAAUGAAAAGCGGAACAUCUCUCCCUUAGAGGUCCUCUGUAAACUUUCUGAUGGUUUCAUCGUAGCCGUUAGACAAGGUCAUAUACUAGGCACAUCUUUCCACCCAGAGUUGUCCGACGACCAUCGGUUUCACAAAUGGUUUAUAGAUGAGUUCGUUAUCAAAUCUUUAAGAUAA